AUGGAGCAAUUUGAGCAACUACUGACGUGUUGCGUGUGUCUCGAUCGAUACCGCAACCCGAAGCUGCUGCCAUGUCAGCAUUCGUUCUGCAUGGAGCCGUGCAUGGACGGCCUGAUCGACUACGUCAAGCGACAGGUAAAGUGUCCAGAAUGCCGCGCCGAACACCGAAUACCGUACCAGGGCGUGCAGGGAUUCCCGACCAACGUCACGCUGCAGCGGUUCCUCGAGCUGCACAUCGAAAUCACUGGCGAGCUGCCAGACCCGACGUCCGGUCAGGUGAUGGAACGCUGCAACGUGUGCUCGGAGAAGUCGUACUGUGCCCUGUGCGUGCACUGCGACAAAAAGAUCUGCCCGGACUGUAAGGGCGCCCACAUGGACAUCCUGCGGCGGGAGAUCAGCCGCAUCAACAACCAGAUCCGACGCGGGCUGCACCGCCUGAAAGAGGUGCUGGCGGUGGUGGAGAAGAACGCGUCCAACCUGCAGAACAACUGCACGAGCGUGUCGGAGGAGAUCGACGAGAUCUACCGCCGGCUGCAGAAGGCGCUCAAGGACCGCACCGACCACCUGCGCCACGAGAUGGACAAGUACAUGUCGACCGAGCUGAAGAACGUGAUCGCGAUGAAGGACAACCUGGAGCAGGAGAUCGCCAACAUCCAGAGCAACGCGGACCUGGCCGAGAAGUACAUGAACGACUCGGUCGAGUGGGACGACUGCGAGCUGAUGGACACGAAGGAGAUCUUCCUGCGCACGGUCGACUUCAUCCGCAACUUCGACUGCGAAACGAUGGACUACAGCCGCAAGGUGCGCUUCAUCAUGAACAUCGACCCGAACAAGCUGAUCAACGAGGUGUCCUCGUACGGCGACCUGAACCUCCCGAACCACGGUGGGGCCGCGACGAGCCAGAGCCAGGGCUUGCUGCAGCCGCCGCCCGGGCCGGGCCUGAUGCGCUCGAAGAGCGACCACCGGCUGGCGGCUCAGUUCCGCCAGCAGCAGGACACCCAAGCCUGGAACGCCGACGAGGAGCCGCUGCUCGGUGGCCGCAAGUUCGGCGAGCGCCCGGUCAAGCCCGUCACGCAGGAGAAGGAGCGGUACGGGGCCGAGUCGCGGUACGGGCGCGGCGCGGCCGACUACGACUACGAUGACGAUACGACCUCGUCGAGCCGCGCGGAUAAGGGCCGCUUCCGGUCGCGCUUUGCCCGCAGCCACCAGCUCGACAACGACUCGGACAACGAGUCGAAGGCGCCCACGAAGACGCCGGCCGAGCUGGAGAAGGAGCGCAACAAGGUGACCAGCACGGAGGACUGCGCCAAGGGUCCGCUCAGCGGCAUCUUCCGCCUGAUGGACUCGCCGCGCGUCAUGAAGCGCCUGCAGGAGCAGGAGAAGGGCAAGAAAAAGCCGGCCGCACCGACCACCCCGCCCGCCCUGGCCAAACCGUCGCCGCUCGGCGUGAAGCCGAAGGCCGGGGCACCCACGGCCACCGCCCGCCAGCUCUCCGAGGACGACGAGAUAGCGAAGAUCAAGCGCCAAAACAAGGGAGCCUCCAGCUCGACCGCGCCGGCGACGGCGCUGGCCGCGGCAGAACCGGAGCGACCGACGGCCGAUCGCGUCUCGGCGCUGAAGGCCGGCCGAACCGCGACACCCACCAGCGAUGACAGUGACAGCCCGUCGUCGCCGGCCCGUCGCUCAUCGCCCCACGUCGAGGCUGACAGCGAUCACGACGAGUCGGAAUUGGCCCGCCGCAACUCGCGCCAGUCGUCGGCCGGCGGAAAGCCGGGAACGGGCGCGACCCAGAAGAAACCGGCGGCCCGCUCGGCGAGCAGCGAGUCGAACGAAUCGUCCAGCGAGAGCUCGCGAGCCUCGCCAGCUCCCCGCACCACCGUCGAACCGCCGCAGGAAGUGAAACCGAAGACGAUCCUGAAGAACGCGAACGAGAACGCCCAGCGCAAUGGGACGGCGGUUUCCGGGUCGGUGACCACCGGAACCACGGACGCCGCCAAGAAGCCCUUCCAGAGUCGCUUCUUACCGCAGACGCAGCAGGCAGCCACGGCAACUCCCGCCGCCGCGGCCGAGAAGAAGGAGGAAUCGGAGAGCAGCUCCGAGGAAGAGUCAUCCUCGGAGGAGGAGUCCGAGGAGGAGGAAGAGGAGGAGGAGGAGAAGCCGGCGGUGGUCGCACCGGCUCCGGUGGCGCCCAGCUCGCCGGUGUCGACGCGCUCCGCGCACGACACGCCCAGCAGCCCCCUGUUUGGGCGCGUCUCGCGCCAGGACUCGUCGGAGAACUCGCGCAAAACCUCGAGCGGAUACUCGAGCCCGACGAGCUACCGGAGCUCGCAGAACCACUACGAGCGGGACGAGAGCCCCAAGUACGGAUCGGGGAGCUCCGGCUCGUCGGCGUUGCGCUCGCGCACCACGAGCCACGCGCCGGAACCGGAGGACAACAAGUAUGGCGCCGGGUCCGGGUAUACUAGCCGCUUCCUGAACAAGAGCAAGAGCACGGCGGUGGUGGCGCCCGAGGACGAGGCGACGGAUGAUUCGGACAGCCGGCAUGGCGCAGGAGGGCGCAGUCGCUUCAGUGCGCUGGCGGAUCGGCGCACCCGACUCGCCCGCUCUCGCUCCUCGCACAACUUCGGCAACGACGAGGAGGAGGACGAACCGGUCUCACCGACUACCACCAACUCACCCUCGGCUUAUCUCGCCUCGAGGUACGGAGCCUCAUCAUCGUUAGCCUCGCAACCGUCGGACCUGUCCCGCAGCCGCUCAACGCACGCCCUCAAGUCCCGCGAGCCCUCGCCCGAACGUGGCGGUGGCUCGAGUGGAACCGACAAGGAUGGCGCCGCGCUCAGCUCGUGGGCGCGCUACCUCAAGAACAAGUACGGCAAUCGGUCGACGAAGGACGGCAAGGACACACCGUCGUCGUCGACGUCCAGCUACUCGUCCGGCAUCGGGUCGUCGUCGCACACGACGCCGUCGGCGAGCGCCUCGAGCAGGUCGGCGUCGGCUUCGGCCGCCGCCCGGCGCCUCAGCCUCGGUCUGCCCCUGCGCCAGACCGAUCUGCUCAGCUCGGAUGACGAUUCAAAAAACGGGGUAGGCUCCCCUACCUCUCCUACGGCAGCAGCGGCGGCAGCAGCCGCUAUACCCGGAGCAGCAGGUAUGUCCCCUAGGACGCAGUACCUGCAGAAGCGCCGGCAGCUGUUCCAGAUAGGAGGUCGGGGGAGCGAACCAGGUUCCUUCACGUGGCCGCGCGGCAUCGCCGUCGGGCCGGACAACAGCGUCGUCGUGGCGGACUCGUCGAACCACCGCGUGCAGGUGUUCGACGCCAACGGCAUCUUCGUCAAGGAGUUCGGCCAGUACGGCAACGGCGACGGCGAGUUCGACUGUUUGGCCGGCGUCGCGGUCAAUCGUAUCGGGCAGUUCAUCAUAGCCGAUAGAUACAAUCAUCGUAUACAGGUGCUCGAUCCGGCCGGUCGCUUUUUGCGAUCGUUCGGCUCGCAGGGCACCACCGAUGGAAAAUUCAACUACCCCUGGGGCAUCACCACCGAUGCCCUCGGGUUCAUCUACGUUUGCGAUAAGGAAAAUCACAGAAUUCAGGUAUUCCAAUCCGAUGGAUCAUUUAUUGGCAAGUUUGGCACCUGUGGCAAGGAAAAAGGUCAGCUCGAGCACCCGCACUACAUCGCCGUCUCGAACACGAACCGCGUCAUCGUUUCCGACUCCAACAACCAUCGAGUGCAGAUAUUUGACGUUAACGGUCGCGUCCUGACGACGUUCGGUGGCGAGGGAUCGGAGGAAGGUCAAUUUAAAUUCCCAAGGGGCGUCGCGGUGGACGAUCAAGGCUACAUCUGCGUCGCCGACUCCGGCAACAACCGGAUCCAGAUCUUCCACCCGGACGGAAGCUUCCUGCGCGCCUUCGGCUCCUGGGGAUCGGGUGACGCCGAGUUCAAGGGGCUGGAGGGCGUCGCCAUCAUGUCGAACGGCAACAUUUUGGUGUGCGAUCGCGAGAACCAUCGCGUGCAGGUGUUCUAAUUGUGCUGCUUUCACGACUCCUUUUCGAACUCUUUCCUCACCAGCAGGGAGCAGACGGAUGGGUUCCAGUUGGUUUUUUUUUUCUUUCUUUUUGUUACCUCCUUUCUUUAAAUUCCAUUAAACAAGCCACAUUGCUUCCUCAUCCCAGAAACAUUAGUGAAAAAUUCCCUGAAGAUAAGUUUUCACUUCCUACGCCAAAUCAGGGAAAAAACUUUUAAGCAGAAAAUUAAAAAAAAAGAAUCACAAUCAAACUCGUGCUAGCUUAGUGCGCUAUUUAUGAGGGAAAUGUAAUAUGUAACACCAUUAUUCCUACUUCGGCAGACGUUUAGUGUACCGUUAGCGGAUCGUCUGCUCUACAUAUGAAACGAUAUAGAAGAAGAAAUCGAUUAAAUAGUAACUAACGCAAACAGGUGAACAAACACGGCUAGAUUGCCACGUGUGAAAGAUAACGAUACUGCAGCAUAAUUGUGGUGGUUUUAGCUAGACAAUUUAUUGGAAUAAAGUUUUUCGUGAGUUUUUACUACGUUUGAG